AUGGAUGCCCUCUGCAGUCUCAGUGGCCUGGACCCCCUUUGGGACUGGAACACAACAUGGUACACCCCUCACCCUGACCUGACACAGUGCUUCCAGAACACAAUGCUGGUCUGGAUCCCGUGUAUCUACCUUUGGGUGUGCGCCCCCUUCUACUGCCUCCAUCUGUACUGCCAUGACUGCGGGCGUAUUCCAGUCUCGGUCCUCUGCAGCGCAAAACUGCUACUGGGCUUCUUUCUGGCAUCGUUUGGUUUCGUGGAGUUCUUUUACAUUCUGCUGAUGAAGAACCAGGAGAUCCAACAUCACAUGGUCUUCCUGCUCAACCCCAUCAUUCGUAGCAUGACUGUGGUGCUAGCUGUCUGCAUCGUCCAGUGGGAGCGCAUGAGAGGCUGCCGCUCCUCCAUCUUCCUCUUCCUCUUCUGGCUGCUGGCCGUGGUGUGCUCGCUGGUGCCCCUGCGGGCCAAGAUCCAGCUGGCCAUGGAGGAGGGCUUGUCACCAGACUUUGUGCGGUACCUGGCCUUCUUCUCCUACUUUGCCCUGCAGUUGGCCCAGCUGGUCCUCAGCUGUUUUUCUGACCAGAGGCCUCGUGGUAAAGAGUCCCAUGAAAAGAACCCAUGUCCGGUUGGCGAUGCAUCUUUUCUGUCCAAGGGACUCUUCUGGUGGUUCAGUGGGCUUGUGGUCAAGGGUUAUCGGACUCCACUGCAGGCAGAGGAUCUGUGGUCUUUACGUGAGGAGGACACCUCCAACAAGAUCAUCUCCAACUUACAGGAAGAGUGGACUUCAGUAUGCAGCAAGCUCCAACAGCAGGAGAAGAGCGUGAGUGCCAGCGCAGCCCUGGGCUCCAGGCUGCCGGAACAGGCCCAGCUCCUGCACAAGCUGAAGAAGGAGCAGAGCUCAGGCUUCUGCCUGCUGCGCACACUCGCCCGCAACUUCGGGCCCUACUUCCUGACGGGCACUCUGUGCCUGGUCAUCCACGAUGCCUUCAUGUUCUCCAUUCCACAGGUGCUCAGUUUGCUGUUGGGCUUCAUAAAUGAGACGGACGCCCCUCUGUGGAAAGGCUACCUCUAUGCAUGUCUCAUGUUCAUGCUGUCUUGCCUGCAGUCACUCUUUAACCACCAGUACAUGUACUCCUGCUUCACUGUGGGCAUGCGAGUGAAGACUGCUGUCAUGGGCUUGGUCUACAGAAAGUCUCUGAUCAUAAGCAGUGCGUCUCGCCGCACGUGCACAGUGGGAGAGAUUGUGAACCUGGUGUCUGCUGAUACCCAGAAGCUGAUGGACUUUGUGGUGUACUUCAAUGCUGUCUGGUUGGCUCCCAUCGAGAUCACUCUCUGCCUCUUCUUCCUCUGGCAGCACCUGGGCCCUUCAGCUCUGGCUGGCAUUGCUACAGUCAUCCUAAUCUUCCCCGUCAACGGAUUCAUUGCCAAACACAGGAGCAAACUGCAGGAGAUGCAAAUGAAGUACAUGGAUGGACGAAUCAAGUUAAUGAAUGAGAUUCUCAAUGGAAUCAAGAUCCUGAAGUUCUACGCCUGGGAGAAGGCCUUCCUGGAGCAGGUGCUGGGCUACAGGGAGAAGGAGCUGAACGCCCUGAAGAAGUCCCAGGUGCUCUACUCCAUCUCCAUAGCCUCCUUCAACUCCUCCUCCUUCCUGAUUGCAUUUGCCAUGUUUGGAGUGUAUGUCAUGAUCGAUGAUAAGAACGUGCUGGAUGCCCAGAAGGUCUUUGUGUCCAUGGCACUGAUCAACAUUCUCAAGACACCACUGAGCCAGCUGCCCUUUGCCAUGAGCACCACAAUGCAGGCCAUCGUGUCACUGAAGCGAUUGGGAAAAUUUCUUUGCCAAGAAGAACUGCAGUCAGACAGUGUGGUCCGGGAGCCUUUCAAAUCAGAUGAAGAAGGUGUCAUCAUUGACAAUGGGACUUUCUCUUGGUCUAAAGACAGCACUCCUUGUCUAAGAAGGAUUAAUGUUCGAGUUCCCUGUGGCUCUCUGGUUGCAGUAGUGGGCCAUGUUGGUAGUGGGAAGUCCUCACUUUUGUCUGCCAUGCUUGGGGACACAGAAAGGAGAAGUGGUUCUGUCUCUGUUAAGGGCUCUGUAGCAUAUGUUCCUCAGCAAGCUUGGAUCCAGAACGCAACCCUGCAUGACAACAUCCUGUUUGGCCUGGAGAAGAGAAAGAGCUGGUACCAGCGGGUGCUGGAGGCCUGCGCCCUGCUGCCUGACCUGGACAUCCUGCCUGCUGGAGACGCAACUGAGAUCGGGGAGAAGGGCCUGAACCUUUCAGGUGGGCAGAAGCAGCGAGUGAGUCUGGCACGUGCCGUCUACAGGAAAGCGGAUAUUUACCUCCUAGAUGACCCCCUGUCUGCUGUGGAUGCACAUGUGGGCCAGCACAUAUUUGACAAGGUCAUCGGACCUAAGGGCGUGCUCAGAGACAAGACACGUGUGCUGGUGACCCACGGAAUGGGCUUUCUGCCUCAAGCUGACCUCAUCUUAGUCCUGGUAGACGGGGAGAUUACAGAGAGCGGCUCAUAUCAGGAGCUCCUGAGUCGGAAAGGAGCCUUUGCCGACUUCAUCCGUAACUUUGCCACCACAGAAAGGAAAGAAAGCACCACGCAAAAGGGAUCAAGGAAGUCCAUCUCUCGUUUGAGUGUGACUGACUUCAUGCCAUUUUCAAGAGAUCUUUCACAAGAGCAGCUCAUCGGCGGUGACAGGAACAGUGUCAUAAUACAGAACAUGGAGCAGAUGGCAGAUUCAGACCCUGAGCCGAUGCCAGAGGACCUGGGGAAGCUAACUGAGGCUGACCAGGCCCGCACCGGCAGGGUGAAGUUGGAGAUGUACAUGGAGUACUUCCGGACCAUUGGCCUGGCGUUCAUUCUGCCCGUGGUGUUCCUGUACGUCUUCCAGCAGGCCGCCUCUCUGUCCUACAGCUACUGGCUGAGCAUGUGGGCCGACGAGCCCGUGGUGAACGGCACGCAGGUCAACACAGACAUGAAGCUGGCAGUCUACGGGGCCCUGGGCUUCGCUCAAGGGAUUGGUAUCUUUGGGACCACUGUGGCGAUCUCUGUGGGGGGCAUCAUUGCUUCUCGCCACCUGCACAUGGACCUCCUGAACAAUGUGCUCCACUCCCCAAUGUCCUUCUUUGAAACCACACCCAGCGGCAACCUCCUGAACCGCUUCGCUAAAGAGAUCGACGCCAUCGACUGCAUGAUUCCAGAGGGCCUGAAGAUGAUGCUGAACUACUUCUUCAAGCUGAUGGAGGUCUGCAUCAUUGUGCUGUUGGCGACUCCCUUCGCUGCUGUGAUCAUCUUGCCCUUGGCGAUUCUGUACGCCUUUGUGCAGAGUUUCUACGUGGCCACAUCCUGCCAGCUGCGUCGACUGGAGGCAGUCAGUCGCUCGCCCAUCUACACCCACUUCAACGAGACGGUCCAGGGUGCGAGCGUCAUCCGUGCCUUUGGCGAGCAGUCCCGCUUCAUCCAGCAGGCCAACCACAGGGUGGACCUCAAUCAGACAGCCUACUUUCCUCGCUUCGUGGCCACCAGGUGGCUUGCAGUGAACCUUGAGUUCCUUGGCAAUGGGGUUGUCUUAGCAGCCGCAAUUCUGUCUGUGAUGGGAAAGGACACCCUAAGCCCUGGUAUUGUCGGUCUGGCUGUAUCACAUUCCCUUCAGGUGACAGCUAUACUCAGCUGGAUUGUACGGUCUUGGACAGAUGUGGAAAACAACAUUGUGUCAGUGGAGAGAGUGAAGGAAUAUGCCGACACAGCAAAAGAGGCACCUUGGACGGUUGAGGGCAGCUCCUUACCCCUGGCCUGGCCAGAGAGCGGGACGAUAGAAUUCCAUGAGUACGGCCUCCAGUACCGCAAAGGCCUGGAGUGGGCGCUGAAGGGCAUUUCGGUGGACAUCCAGAAGAGGGAGAAGAUUGGAAUUGUUGGACGGACAGGAGCGGGGAAGUCCUCUUUGGCGCUGGGAAUCUUCCGGAUUCUGGAGGCAGCCAAAGGAAAGAUCUUCAUCGAUGGGGUCAACAUCGCAGAGAUCGGCCUUCAUGACCUGAGAUCCCGUAUCACCAUCAUCCCACAGGAUCCUGUGCUGUUCUCCGGCUCCCUCCGAAUGAACCUGGACCCUUUUGAUGCCUAUUCUGAUGAGGAGGUGUGGAGUGCCCUCGAACUGGCUCACCUCAAGAAUUUUGUGUCUGGACUGCCAGACAAGCUCAACUAUGAGUGUUCCGAGGGAGGCGAGAACCUCAGUCUUGGACAGCGGCAGCUGGUGUGCUUGGCACGGGCUCUUCUGCGCAAAACCAAAGUUCUCGUCCUGGACGAGGCCACAGCAGCGGUCGAUCUUGAGACGGACACCCUGAUCCAGUCCACUAUCCGCAGCCAGUUUGAGGACUGCACGGUGUUGACCAUCGCCCACCGUCUCAACACCAUCAUGGACUACACAAAAAUCAUUGUCAUGGACAAGGGAAACAUCAAAGAGAUGGACUCCCCAGCAAACCUCAUCUCAAAACGAGGCCACUUCUUCAGAAUGUGCAGAGAAGCCGGGCUUGCAUAACUUGUCCUCUCCGGCCCCAGAGAAAUUGGAAGGCCCUGUUCAGAUGACAGACUUUUUGCCUCAACAAAGACUAGUGCCAGACCAAAGAAUUGACUUUGCAGGCUGUGGUCGUGCCAAGUUUAAAUUGAACCUUUUACUCAGGUUGAAGAGGGUGCUCAAGAGCACACUGAUGCACACUUAAUUUAGCAUGUGAAGCUGCAGCUUUUUUUAGUCCUCCAUUUCUGUGGUGGGUCUCACUAAUGCUCACAUAGAAAGGUGGGGAAGGAUAAGAUGAAGACAGGUACUGUAAGCAUCGCAAUAGUUCUCAUGCAGGAUUUUCACAAACUUGUAAAUAGUUGUUUAUACUUCAGAGAGAUACAGCUGAGCUGCGACGACUCCAAAAGAAUUCAAAGUAUUGAUGAAUGUGAAUAAUAAUAAAAAGUAAAAUUUGUUUUACAUAAGCCUUACUUAUAGAGCGAUGAAGCAUUUCAUGAAGACCAUACAUUCCAUAGAUUGGAGUAUAGAAGCCUGCCUGACAACUCUGUUUCUGUAGAUUCACAAGAUCUUGUGAUAAGAGAAACUGGGACAAAUAUGUUUACUGACAUACUGCCUCACUGACCUAGAAAAGACUUUUGAGCCUGACUCUCCAACCAACCAUUUAGUAUUUUAUGGGAAAGGCGUGUAGAGAUGCCAAGUAUGUUGUGGUGUUCUUCAAGUAUGUUGUGUGUGUAUCUUUAUUAUUUUCAGAAAAGUAAACACAUAAAAUGUUUGACUGGGGUGGAAAGGUUGGCAAACUAAUCUCCUGAAUUUACAAUCAGACUUUAUUUUUUUUUUAAAAAGAACAGAAAAAAGCAUGUUUUAACAAGAGUGAGAGGCUGUUGCAGAUAUACCACAGUCAUUCAAACAGACUUGAUGAGAAACAGAAGUAUUACAUAUAUUGUAAACUUCAAACUAUUUGCAGUAUUUCUUUAUUUGUAACUUGUUUGUUGUCUAAAGUUCUAUAUUGUUCAGUAACUAGUUGUAGGCCUACAACACAGACUAUGGAAUGGGAGAUUGAUUGUCAGUCUUAUUGUUAAAGACUACACAAUAUUUUGUAAUAUAGUUCAAACGGAAAUGCCUUUUAUAUACCAUAAAGCUCUGGGUUGUAUUUUAUUUAUACUUUUUGGAAUAUAUUUAAUCUGUACAUUUCCUCAUGUUUAUAUUUUUAAUAAUCUGGGGAACAA